CCUAUAAAAGGGUGGGCGGGCGGCCCCUUCUCUUCAGAGCGGGCGGGAUCGCGCAGGUGGAAGGAGUGGCAAUCAUAACUGUGGUGGUUUUUUUCUUCGCAACUGAGAGGGAAACAAUGGCGUGGCAAGCGAUGGAGAUCAACCCCGAGAUGCUGAACAAAGUGCUGUCUCGUUUAGGAGUUGCCCCUGGCUGGAGGUUUGUGGAUGUGCUGGGGUUUGAGGAGGAUUCCUUAAACGCGGUACCCAGUCCAGCUUGUGCUCUACUCCUGCUGUUUCCCCUUACUGCUCAGCAUGAAAACUUCAGAAAAAAACAGACUGAAGAACUGAAGGGUCAAGAAGUAAGCUCAAAAGUCUAUUUUCUGAAGCAGACUGCCAGUAAUUCAUGUGGAACAAUUGGCCUUAUACACGCAGUUGCUAACAACCAAGAUAAAAUACUGUUUGAUGAGGGGUCUGCACUGAAAGAGUUCCUUAAUGCAACAGCUGACCUCUCUCCAGAUGAGAGGGCAAAACGUCUUGAAAACCAUAAGGCGAUUCAGGAUGCCCACAAUGCAGUAGCACAAGAAGGCCAAUGUCGGGUUGAAGAUGAUAAAGUGAACUUCCACUUCAUUCUGUUUGCCAGUGUUGAUGGGCAGCUCUAUGAAUUAGAUGGCCGAAUGCCCUUCCCUAUAAAUCAUGGUGCUAGUUCAAGUGAUACCCUGCUGAAGGCUUCUGCCAAGGUCUGCCGGCAGUUCACAGAACGUGAGCAAGGAGAGGUUCGCUUUUCUGCUGUGGCACUAUGCAAGUCUGCCUGAAGGUCAGAAGUUUAAAGCAGCCCUGUAGCAUAUCACAGAAAGCAGUUCAAGCCUGUAGUGCUUCAGUGCUUAAGUUUAAAAAAAGAGGAAACCCCCCACAGCUCUUCUUGGUCUUGAGUUUAAACUGUUGCUGAACCUGUUCUCCCCACGCCCUUACAGCAGCUUCAGCGAUGCUUGUCCUAAAAGCAGAGCUCAGAUUCUCCCAACACUUUAAAUGUGUCAGAUACUGGGACUCUUUAUGACUGUAACUUGUUUCACUGUUUCAUAGGGCUUUGACUUGUUCUUCCCAAGUUGUUUCUCAAACUGUUGUGACUUCAUGUUAAUCACAAGAAUAAAUAUUUUGUUGCUAUUCCAAAA